AUGUUUUCCGAUGCAGUGGUAUCUUACAUUAUAAAUGGCAGAUUUGCUAUUGUGCGCCUCAACAAACCACAGAGACUCAAUGCGCUCUGCAUGGAAGAAUUCUACGAGCUUGCAAACAUACUGCUUGAAAUUGAUCUGCAAGACGCUAUUUGCGUCACAGUAUUAACAGGAACAGGGAGGUUCUUCUCAGCCGGUGCAGACAUCAGCAGUCCAUCACCCCAGCAGGACCCGGAUAGGCGCCAGCACCUUCUCAAGAACUUCCUCGCAGGAAAUAUCUUCCUCACACAUGCAGCAGCGAGCCAUUCGAAACUCCUGGUGGUGGCACUUAAUGGUCCAGCGGUGGGCGGGAGCGCUGCAGUCGUUUCCUUUGCUGAUUUCAUUUACGCCGCGCCGCAUUCAUAUCUGUUAUUUCCAUUCACUUCACUGGGUUUGGUCGCUGAGGUGGGGACGUCACGCACGUUGGUGCGGCGCAUGGGUAUGUCGCUGGCGAAUGAGGCCUUGCUGCUAGGUCGAAAGAUCACCGCCGUGGAGAUGUUGAAAUGUGGCUUCGUCAACAAAGUCAUCGGAUCGGAUGCAUCUAACCGACAGAGCUUUCUGGACUCUGUGCUCACUGAGUUGGAGCAGACAUUGGGAGAUCAUGUCGAUGUUUCAAGCCUUGUGCGAAUCAAAGCAUUGAUCCAAUCACCCGAGCGGGAUGUUAUGGCAAAACAGAACGUCGCUGAGGUUUUUGCGGGACUCGAGAGGCUGGCUUCUGGGGCUGUGGAUACAGAAAUGGAGAAGGUCCGAAAUGGCUCAAAGCGCCAUAAGUUGUAA